AUGUCUGAAGAGGCUAAUCAUCAAUCUGUAGAGAGUAAUCCACCACCAGCACCAGCUGAGAUUCCAACCGAACCUCAGGGUGCCCAAGAAGGUGCUGGUUACGAACCUUCUUCCAAUACUGCUCCUGCUGAUGAAACACGUGAACAGGGACAAGAACAACAACAACCACAGGAACAACAACCACAGGAACAGCAACCACAGUAUCAGGCUCCACCUGAACCUGAAUACGAGUCUGAACAAGGUCAACAAGGACCACCACAUGAUUACGAUUACCCACCAGAACCAGUGGAUUACCGUGAUGCUUAUGACGGUCGUCACCACCAUCCUGGUCCUCAACCAUACUACCCUCCACCACCACAACCUGAAGGUGAAUUAUCGAUUACAAGGCUUUUCGUUAGACCAUUCCCCUUUGACGUUCAGGAGGCUGAAUUGAACGAAAUUUUCACACCAUUCGGUCCAAUGAAAGAGGUUAAAAUUUUGAAUGGAUUUGCUUUCGUUGAAUUCGAAGAAGCUGAAUCUGCAGCUAGAGCUAUUGAGGAAGUCAACGGUAAGACAUUUGCUAAUCAACCAUUAGAAGUCAUGUAUUCAAAGCUACCACCAAAGAGAUACCGUAUUGUUUUGAGAAAUCUGCCUGAAGGUUGCUCUUGGCAAGAACUAAAAGAUUUGGCUCGUGAAAACAGCUUAGAAACAACCUUUUCCAGCGUUAAUACAAGAGAUUUUGACGGUACUGGUGCCCUUGAAUUCCCUAACGAAGAAAUCUUACAGGAUGCUUUGGAAAGGUUGAACAACAUCGAGUUCAGAGGUUCAGUUAUCGCUGUCGAAAAGGACGACAAUCCACCACCAAUUAGAAGAUCAACUCGUGGUGGAUUCAGAGGUCGCGGUGGAUUCAGAGGUAAUUUCGGUCCCCGUGGCGGUUUCGGUGGCUUCAGAGGUGGUGGAUAUGGCCCUCCAAGAGGCGGAUUCGGUUCUCGUGGUGGUUACGGUGGACCUCGUGGUGGUUACGGUAGAGGUGGAUACGGACCACCAAGAGGUGGCUACGGCCCACCAAGAGGCGGUGGAUACGGUCCACCAAGAGGCGGCUACGGCCCACCAAGAGGUGGUGGAUACGGUCCACCAAGAGGAGGUUACGGCCCACCAAGAGGUGGAUAUGGAGCCCCAAGAGGUGACUAUGGUAUGCCAAGAGAUUCUUACAGAACAAGAGAUGCUCCUCCCCGUGAAAGAUCCCCAAUUAGGUGA